UGCUGAAUGCAGCAGACGUGGACCCCCUCCCUGACUGAGAACGUGCACACAAAGACACCAGUGCCUCUGCCUGCACGUGACACCCCCCCCCCCCACGUGCACAGGACCGGACCGGUCAGCAGUCGGGAUGAUUCCUACGCAUCCGGCCCAGACGUCUCCGGGAAGUGUUCUGUCUCUCAGAGGAACCGUCUUUCCCGGAUCUCCUGCUGCCAGCAUCACGGCCAGACUGGAGGACCAGAUAAUCGGGUACAAAGAUCUGGCCGCGCUGCCGGCAGACAAAGCCAUUCUGGACAUCGAGAGACCGGAUCUCAUGAUCUACCAGCCGCACUACGUCUACAGCACUCUGGAGAGGUCCCUGUCUCCUCUUCCUUCUCCUCAGAGCCCAUCCAAGGAGUCAAAAGAAUGCCUGGAGAACCCGUCGCCUGGAGGUUCCUCACCAUGUUCCACCAUGCUCAGUACCAGAACCCACAGCAUCCACACACCAGGGACUCUAACCGCACUAAACGUGGCGAGCCCUUCGUCUUCUGGGUCCAAAGGCAGCGUGCAGCACUUUCACCGCCCAGAAAACGGCUCCAACAUCUACAGGAGGCCCCCCAUCUACAAGCAAGAUGUGAUGUCACCGGGCGUCCCUCAGGGAAAACACAUCGAAGAUCUAAUCAUCGAGUCCUCAAAGUUUCCCGCCGCUCAGCCUCCAGAUCCCACCCAGCCCUCCAAGAUUGAAACAGACUACUGGCCCUGCCCCCCCUCUUUGGCUGUGAUUGAAAAAGAGUGGAAGCGGAGGAAUCAGAGGUUUGAAGAGGAUGAAGAGUUGGAUGAUGACGGGUGGGGACUGAGAGUUCUUCAGAGACAGGAGCUGAACAAGAUUCAGUCCAAUUUGGGUAAAAUCCUCCUGAAGGAGGAGCUGGACAGAUCUGCUGCUCCUCUGAGGAGGAAACCCCGUUCUCUGCCAGGCUCCAGUGUCUCACAGUCGUUUUUUUUCCCAUCAUCCUCUAAGAGCUGUCUGUCCAGACUGCAGUCAGCAGAGUUCCACACAAAAACCCAGACAGGUCCUCAGAACGGAGACUCCGGAUUGGACCGAGGGAACUCGCUGCCCUCGCUGGAACACAAGAUUUACCCGUAUGAAACGCUGGUGGUGACCCAUAGAGGGCGCUCAAAGCUCCCUGCUGGGGUGGACCGCACCCGACUGGAGAGACAUCUCUCCCAGGAGGAGUUCUUUAGACUGUUCAGGAUGUCCAUGGAGGAAUUCGACCGCCUCUCUUUAUGGAAGAGAAACCAACUCAAGAAGAAGGUCAACCUCUUCUGACACCCCCAGGACUGCAUCCCAUAAUGCACUGCUUUUCUCAGGUUGGCCAUCAGCCAUAUGUUAGCCAUAUGUGCCGCGCACGUCCUCUUCUGUUGACCGUGGUGCGGCGGCUGUGGAGGCUGUGGACGUUUUUAGACGUCUGAGGCUGUUUGCAGAGAUGGUGAUGAUGUCAUCAAGUUCUGCUGCAGACGUUUCCAUGACGACUGAAACCAGAGCUUCAAUCGUGACCAGAGGGGGUUAGGAGUUGGUUUGACUGCCGGAAUAAGCAGCACCAGCUUUGCCGACGAGUCUUUCUGGAUCGUAGAGUGCAGCUCUGACGUUACACUAAACAGAUUUAUGACCAGUUUUAGGCUCAGACAAAACAUCACGAAACAUCACAACCCUCAUCUGUUGCUGCGGAUUAAAGUCAGCCAACGCCGCCCACAGAUGAGAAGAUGUUAGUGCCAGAUCCACGCAGCUCCGCCCCCUCCACGCAACAGCUUAGCUAGGUUAGCAUUAGCUGCUGUUUUUUCUUAACCAAAUGUUGUGGAAAAGGUUUUUAACAUUAUAAAGAAGCAGCAGAACUUUUAGUAGAACAUCAGUAGAACUUUCAGUAGAACAUGACUAUUGAGAGGAAAAGGACUUUCUGUGGAUUUCUUGGACUGUGAGGAAACAUGAAACACUUUUAACAUGAAGAGAUCUGCACUUUAGAACUUUGGUAAACAUGUACACGUCCUCAGGAAUCCUCAGCAGCAGUUCUCUCUCUCCCUGAAUGAUCCGAUCUAACUUCACCUUUAGACUCUUAAACUGUGACUGACACAGAGUUCCAUCCAAUCAUCUUCUGAUCCAUUUCCAAAGAGCUCCUAGUCGUCUUUUCAUGAUGAUGACGCCGCUUUUAGCCAAAAUGUAAAAACCUGUGUCAUUUUCUAGGACAUAGUUUCUGCAGAGCGGCAGAGAGUCAUCAGAAAUUCACCUCAGAGACGUGGGCGGGACUGUUGGUGCAGAGCAACCCCGUGCCCCCUUCCCAUUAUCCAUGACUGAGACCUUUCUGAUUACACUCUCCCUCUAGCUUACAGCCCCUCAGCCCCCCCCCCAACCUAAUGUUAGCGGUGCAACAUAAAUGGCAGCAAUAAUGCAUUCAUCCAUCCGUCCAGUUCUGAUCCAGGUUCCAGCUCAGAUCAGGAAAACAGACGGUCAUGGAUCUGUUGGUCUGACAGUGGAUGAUCAGAAAGGGGCGGAGCUUGGAGAUUGUGGCCCCGCCAUUGUAGCUGCUACGUCACAAAUACAAUCUUUUCAAACGGCAUUUUUUAUCUGCUCCUCAUUCACAACAAUUUGAAUAAAGAAAAACUCAGAAAUUAAUUUUGAACUGAAUUUCCUUUAAAAAUCAGAAAAAUGCUACAAGAACGUGUUAAAAACACCAAAAACACAGUUUUCAUCAGAGUGGGGCUUUAAUCACCAUCAGCUUCGUUAAGAUGCUGAGACCAUUGUUAGAAUUCACACCGCAGUGAAGCUAACGUUAGCUUCUUCCAACAUCUUUUUUCUGUUUAUACAGUAUUCAGAUUAAAAUGCUGCAUCAUCACUUAUUGCUCCCAUUUUUUAUGGUCUGAACUCCAAGAUGUGAAACAUUUUCCACAAACACAAAAUAACCAGUUCUCUGAAAUAUUGUUCACAAAUCUGUCUAAAUAGAAGAACAGAACAGAAUUGAAUAGAAUGCCAUUGUCACUAUACACAUGUACAAUUCGCAUCACACACGCAUUCACUGUUCAGUGCAAACAUGCAUUCAAUUUCAAUUCAAUUCAAUUUAUUUGUAUAGCCCAAAAUCACAACAACAGUCGUCUCGAUGGGCUUCGAAGUGAAACAUGAACUCAAAAG